CCCUGAAGGGAGGCCGAGGCAAGCUCCUUGAAAGCCAGAGCCGCCUCACUAGGGUCGCAUGAAAGCAGCACCUUUGGCUGGACUCUUCUGCUUCGCCCAGGUCCCGGCUGUCUUUGGCCCAGGCUGGUGCUUGCCUCCUCUCUGCCUUUCUUUGACGCGAAAGCUCCCUUUCUACCCACUGUUUUGUCUCUUGCUGGGGCGAAGGUGAGACAAAGGAAGGCCGAGAGGGAGAUCCUGGGGGCUUCACUUCGCUUGGAGUGAAGACUGAAUUGAUUCCAAAGCUCUGAGUUUUAACUGUUUCUUCUGUGGCGUUUGUGUGGGUUGUGCCACACACACUCCAGAACAACAACGGCUUUUGCUUGCAUUUUCCAGUGUUUCUUUUGCCAGCGAGUUCAGCAAAGUUGUAAUACUUCAAGUGCCAGCCCCGACCAGAGUGAGGAGCCAGCGACAGAGAUGGUAAAGAUGACAAAAUCCAAAACGUUUCAGGCCUAUUUGCCAAAUUGUCACCGGACAUACAGCUGUAUCCACUGCAGAGCCCAUCUAGCUAAUCACGAUGAGCUGAUUUCCAAGUCCUUUCAGGGAAGCCAGGGACGAGCCUACCUCUUUAAUUCAGUGGUGAAUGUGGGCUGUGGUCCUGCAGAAGAGAGAGUCCUUUUGACGGGAUUGCAUGCAGUCGCCGAUAUUUACUGCGAAAACUGCAAAACCACCCUUGGAUGGAAAUACGAGCAUGCCUUUGAGAGCAGUCAGAAAUACAAAGAAGGGAAAUUCAUCAUCGAACUUGCCCACAUGAUCAAAGACAAUGGCUGGGAGUAAAUGGGAACCCGGCUCUCUCUCGAUGGACCAUGCGUUUAUCCAAGACCAGGGAGGCGAGGAGGGCGGUUGGGGCAGUUGGGAGUUAUCCGUGCAUUUUUUUGAAACCUCCACACUCUGUCGUGUGUCAUGUUGUGGCCACAACCCCAUCAUCCUCAGGCCACAUUUUGCCUUUCUCUCUUUGUGUACGUUCCCUUCUUUUUUGUAUCUGUGUUCCUGUGUGAACAGUUGUUUUGGAUGGAACUUUUUUCUAAGUGGAUCCUUCUUUAACUGGCAAGUUACGUUUCCUAGUAAGUAUUUUCUCUUUGGACAAUUGGCCUUUUGGUGUGUUCCCUUCUGCUCUGCAUGCUUUCUUGCCUAUCGCCUGAAUUGUGUAGGAGUCCUGCGGAGAGAAUGUAUGGGGAUGAGACAUCUCUCAUAGAUAGCAAUUUCUGGGGUCGAUUUGCAACAAAACGUAUUCAGUCCAUCUGAGAAAGUAUUGUGUGUUACAAUCCGCACAGACCUUUUGACUUGAUUGCUUAAAUAGUCAGCUUUAUUGACUGAAGUUGGAAACGAGAGAGAAAUAAAGAUAGGGAAGGGGGAAACAUUCAUUUGAUAACUAAUACUGUAGAAUAGAUUGACCUCAAUUGUUACAUUCCUAGGAGCGUUUUUAAGCUCGCUCUCUUUUGAAGGAAGAAUGUCUCAAGAGACACACAAAGAUGCAGCUCGUGUUUUUAAUGUGUCCACGUGAGACGUGUUGGGUGCUGUAUCAUUAAGCAGGAGGUGUCCCUCCUUGGCGUUUGAUGGCUGGUUCCAUGUCGUUGUAUAGUUUUAACACACUGGACAAAGAGAGGGAAGGGGUUGCUGCUGCUGCAGCUUUUAACCCCACAAUGCGUUAUUUUUUCGGUGUCGUAAGUGGCCGGAGUCUUUCCCUGUUGCUUGCUGAGAGUCGGCAAGCAGGUUAGGAAGUGGCAAACUGACUUAAUUUUGUCAUUACAGAAUGAGAGAGAGAGAAAAAGUAGCGAGGUAGUUUUUUAAAAGGGGCAUUUGAUUUGCUGGCUGAAUCAUCCCUGAGCACAUUUUUGUACUUUUCAGCGGCCGAAAACAUUGGCAUGUCACUGGUUUUCCCCGGCCGCCGCUUGUGACGUGGGGCGACUCCAGCAGAUGCUUCCACCCUGUUGCGUUAAGUGCGCAGAGUUCCUGCGAGGGAACUUUUCUGCCACGCGCUUUUGAGAAGUUUAAAUACUUUUUACGUCCUGGUUUGUCUUUUUUUUUUUUUUUUUUUGCAUUGAUCCUUGUUCUGAAAUGAGGACAUGAGGAGCAAUGUGAGAGAUUUUUCACCGACACUACAUAACUGCGGAGAGCAUGACAUUUGAUAGGAAAGCCUUACAGUGGAACUUGUGUAGCUUUGCGAUGUCUCUCCUGAAUAGCUGCUGCUAACAUAUUUUAAUAGGCUUUUGACUCUAUACUGCACUUUACCUAUACAUUUCAUAUCCUCUGAAGAUGAUGUCCUCUCUGCCCCUGUUUUGGUUGAGGAGUCCUUUCCUGAAGCGACCCAUUUGGGAAGUCAUAUGGUUACACUGUGAUGCAAAACGAAGACAAUAUUGAAAUAUAUCUAUUUAAAAUGUGUGUUGAUAUAGUUACCUCUUAGGCAUUCAAAUCCAAAGAGCUGUCUUCAUGACAGCUAGAUUCAGACCCUGUUCCAUCGAAUGACCUUUAUUCCGGUGCUUUAUUUAAUGCAAAUGAGUUUUUUUUGGGCGUCAUAAAUGUUCAGCCCAGUAUCCGAUAGAAAGUGCAGUGAACCAGAUGCCACCUUGAUUUAUAUCGGAUUAUUUCAGCGCCCUCCGCAGCUCUGCGAGCCAGAAACAGGUUUCUCGGAGAGCCGCAAGUUGCUGCCUUGGGCGCAGACUUGUCCCUCUAGUAACUUACUCCCGUAGUAACCGCAGCCAGUGCAUUUCCUUCCAUUCCCCAUGGACUUGGAGCAAGUAGCGCAGAGAGUGGCCCCGGCUGGCCUCUUGUGUCCUGCUGGUUUGUGACACAGAAAGCUCUGUCUUGCCCACCCUGACUAGUAACUUUAGUUGAACUUAACUGUGUAGUCCCUUUAAAAUCCUUUCAUCUGGAGCUCUGGUUUCCUUCUCUUCCCUCUAUUGCUCUGUGACUGUAGUAAGGAAGAGUUUGAACUACAUUUCCCCGUGGCAGUGUAUCCGCUGGCCACAGGGUGUACACUACAACUCUUAAGCAGCCACUGUUCUUGGCUUUGAACGCUGUGACUGGCUAGGAAAGUGUUCAUAGAGAGAAACAUUGUGGGUUUUUUCCAAUAGUAGGCUCAUUUGGUGCAUUUUUAUCUCGUCUAUGGCAAAUUUUUCAGAGAUAAGACUCUGAAAGAAAAAACAGUGAAGGAUGGGAACUUCAGAGAGGGUUUCAACCACUUGGUCGGUGCAUUAUUGCAUUAUUUGUAUUCAAGGCUGACUUGUGGCAGGUCAAAUUGCUUGUUAUGUGAGAAUGUGCAUGCCACUUUCUGACACUAAUCUCCCCCUGUGAUUCAGUAGCAGAGAGCAGGGGUUUUCUGGUCCUUUGCCCUGCUACAAAUCCCCCUCCCUGCAGGACUUCAAAUGCCUGUUUGCUUUGGAGGAAGGGGAAAACUAUACAAGUUGGGGAGAAAGGUUGAGCCCCCCCUCGACUCAUUUCCUAGCAGUCUCUGGAACGGUUUACAUGCAAUGUGUUGAUGGUGCUCUGGGUUCAUGGACACAGAAGCCCUCAUUGAAACAUUUCUUUUCCUCUGGAUGCCAAAAAUUGAGAUAACAAGGAAGCUUGCCCCUAGAGUCCCAAAUGGCUGGGAGGGAAACCAAGUGUAAGUUACUGGUGGCGAUACAGCCUUGGGGAACAACCCUGGCAAUAGUUGCAUGGAUUCUGAAAGGAGGGGGGGGGGUCGUAGUCUAGGCUGGGAAGCCUGUCCAAUAGCACCCCCUUGUUCUCUCCGUUGGAGAACCGGGUGCACCUCUUAGGCCAUUUGGGAGACCCUCGGCUCCAGAUCCCGCUGGAAAAUGGUUGAUCUCUCAGUCUGGUUACUGAACUUGCCAGCAUUUUCAAAAACGCAGAAUACUUGAACAUUUUACAAAACGCUUUCCCUCUACAACCCUAUUUUGUAAUGUAUUCUAUUUAAGGGUGUCGUGCGCGUGUUCUUUCUGGGCGAGUUUGCGCUUCCCCUCCCGACUUGAGCACUUUUGUUACCUGUGUUGUUUUUAUUACUGUUGGUCUUAACAUUUAUUUUAUAUAUAUAUAUUUUUUAUAAAUUGUAACGGCGACUUUUGUGAACACCUGUGCAUCCUCUACUAGGGUCUUUCCCCCGCUUUUGUUUUAUUUGUUUGGAUAGAUGAACUGACUACAAGCUGGCUCUUGGGCAGAAUGUUCAUUGGCACAGACAAGGAUGUGCUGGCAAAGUGUAUUGAAGUGUGUGUGUGUAUUUGUUUUGACCUCAAUAGCCAUGGUUAUCGUAAAAUAACCAGACAAUAUGACAUAACGGACGGCAGUUCAAAUCUUUUUCGAAGGUGAGUGUCCCCCACGGACGGCUGUGGAGGAAGGGAUGCACAGUUCCCUCAAAGGAAGGAAAAUCCCAUUAGCCAAGAUGUUACUUCUGCUGUGGUUGUGUUAGUGAGCUGUGUGCUAAUGUUCAAUGUGAAGAGGGUUUUGUGCAUUUUGAACCAGAGCUUGGAGCGGCGACUUCUUGGACUACAACUCCCAGAAUGGGGCGUUGUGGCCGAACCAGUCCCCUUUCCUCGCUCUCCUUUGAACUAGCUCAUCCAUUGCUUCAUUUUCUCGCUGCUUUGGUGUAAGCAUUACAGUUGUGCGCACCGAUUUUGAUGUAGCAGCUCCGUCUAGGAGACUUAAUAGCUGUGGAUGCCUUUGAACCGCUGGAAGAAACGCCACACUUGCAGUGUAUUCCGUUGUAACAUUUGCAGCUUGUCCCCCCAGAUAAAGCUUGCCUUUGCGUGUUGCCGAUCUUGUUGUCCGCAUGGGUUUGGACGUGAAGCCAUUCUGUAACAAUGCAGAAGGCCGUCGUCCCAACCCACAAGGAAAGGGGACUCGGAGAGAGCAUUGCCUUUAGUCUUGCCCAGAGUUUGUGCUCUAUUUGAUUGUUUUGAUGUGGCAAGUUGAAGCCAACCAAUGCCUCUCCCCAUUGCUGUAUUUUGUGUGUCAUGGGCCUCUGUGACAAAUACUCCAAACUCACUUGGAUGCCAGCUCAAACCAGACUUUGGUAGUACCAGAAAAGGAAGAGCUCAUGUUGACUCUGAAUAAGAGUGUCACCAGCAUUAUUGACUACGAAACGUGAGGUUUUCAAUAUAUGACUUUAUUUUUUGACUGAGAUAAUAAGCUUCAAUGAUAAAACGUGUUUUAUACUGACAUUCCCAGAUUGUCACAUUUUGAUAUCCAUAUCUCUAUGUGGAUAUGCAUUACAUGUGUGUAUAUGAGACCAAUGGGGCGAGAAUGAAAUGGAAUGAAACCGCAUUCCAGGGUCAUUCUUUGGUAGCGCCACAUACACUGUUAGCCGAAAAACAACCCAUCCUAGACAAUGUACUAAACAGACUGGGAUUUCUGAGAAGCCCUCGGUGGCGAUUGAAUUGUGCCUCAAUGCUGAAACACUUUAAACCCUGCUUUCUUUUGCAGCUGACGUGGCUUCUUUCUGGUUUUUUGUCUUAGCAAUACUGUACACAAUUUGUUGUUUCACUUUAUUGUAUCUAUUUGAGGUAUCACAAUAAAAGCCUUCAGUUGUUUUGUUGA